AUACCGUAAGAUGAGGUCGAGGUGAUGAGGGUUUUUAUGCGGGUCUUUUGCUUUGGGCCUUUUCGUUGUAAAUCCUCGGAUAUUCAUGGUUAUUUAUUGAUCACCUAUAUAAACCUUAAGCAUUAAACUAGUCCGUUUCCUGUAUCCCGACUCGCUCUUAAAUCACUUCCGCUGCCGUUGCUGCUCCGAUCACGGCUUCAUCACGUCAUAAGCAAUGGCGGACAAGGAGAAGCGCCGGUCCGGGGCUACUCCUCCAGGGAUGCUCGAGGGCAAAGCCACCAAAUCGGACAGCGACAGGGAGUUCCUGUCGCAGGCUGGGGUGGGAGAACUGCUCCGCGGGGCCAUCCUGAAGAUGGUCGAGGCUAGAUCGGACGAUCCCAUCGGGUUCCUGGCCGACCACUUCUGCAACCUCGCCUCCGUGACAGAAACUGGCACAGCUGGAUGUGGAGACGGGGAUCAAUUGAUCAACGGCCCGCUCAGCGCAGGCGCGCAGGAGCAGCAGCAUCUAAACCGGGCACUGUGGCACCUGCGGCUGGCACACCACUCCCAGAGAUCUGCCUUCAGCAACAACGUCCGCGUGGCCUAUGACCUUUUGAACCUCACCGGGCCCCACAGACGUCCAGAUGAGGUCCCUGAAGGCCCUCAUGGCUCCUGCAAUGACGGCCCGACCGGAGGUGGAGGAGGGGUGAGGGGAGGUCUCUAUACGCAGACACUGCAGUGCCUGUGCAGUGAGGGUGGAGUCCCUGCCUCCACCUCCGCUCCGCUCCUCCGACGCCUCCACUGCCAAGACCACGAGGCUGUCCCUUAUGAUGUCUUCCGUCACGGCGUGCUCACAUGUGCAGUUUUCUCAGACUACAUCCGACAGGCUCAAAGGCUUUACGCUGAAGUGUGCUGCCCGGACGAAAGGCCUGCCUCGCGGGCACUGUGUCUGGCCGUGCUGGGGACCUUAAAGGAAGCCCUGGAGACUUCCCAAGGCCGUGAUGGAAACUGCUGUGUUAAUGCAAAUUAUAAAGCUAAUUCCUGUCUGGAGGCUAACGCGAAGGCUAUACGCUACCUUGAGGCCAGUGCCAAGAUCUCUCCAUACAAGCUAGCACAGGCCAUAGCAGGAGCACAGACACAGGGCCCGGGUGGUAAUAUGGAUGCAAAAGAGUUUGAGAAUGCAGCGGCGGAGCUCUUUAUCACUCGAGUGAGAGUUGUGUCCUAGGUUUCGUGUCCAUUUUCUCAUAAUUUAUGAAUGUACAGCAACUUACAUUAUAUCCUAGAGUAAAUAAUCACCUUGUGUGUACCUUCUGUAACCUCUACUGCCGCUUAAAUAGCUACUAAACUACACCUAGGCCUAUAUAACAAGAAAUAAUAAAGUAGAACCCUCACAGCUAUUACUUCCUCUCAAUCAAUCAACAAAAUUUAUUUUGGUUCUCACACAUAAUAUAUAGGCCUACAUGCAUAACAACUGAAGCCUAUGCUUAUUAUGCCUACCCUUUUUACAUAAUUAUCUAAUGAGCAUCACUUUUCUCUCUGGAUUUAAUCCAUUCAAAAUAAACGUACAGUUACAUUAAAAAAGGGGAAAAAAGAUUCCAAGAUGUUCAUACAUGAUUACAGUGGUACACAUCUCAGAUAUUAUUUCAAUAUUUGACAUAAAGCCUACACAAAUUAAUUGUAUUGAGUUAUAUAAUUAUUUAUCACCUUGUUUUUAAACAUUUUCUUAAAAUUACAGAGUGAAGUACACAAUUUUAAUUCCUUGUCACAAUUAUUCCAUAGGUUUACCCCUUUAACAGAUAAGAUUAACAUCUAUUUUUUAUAUUAGUUCUUGCUGUUACUUUUUUAAACAUAUCUCCACCUCUCAAGACUGACAUUGACACUUUGGGAAGAUAAACACAAAUUGUAAAACACAUUUCAUGUCUAUUAUUGAACUUGUGGAAGAGAUGAGAAAUCAACAUCUGCUGUGACUGAGCAAGCAGCUACAUUGCUGUGUGAAGGACAAUAAGUUCCUUAGACUAAAUGUGUUCAAUGAGAUCUAUAUUUAUCUUGACUGUUUCCAUUAUUUAGCCUUUGACAUGAAAUGCUCGGAUUAGAAAAAAGCAGUCUGUAUUGAUCUAAAUCUAAUGCACUCCAAUACAACAACCCUGUAAAUCCUCCUUUUUUUGACAUGUCAUUUUCAUGUUUUGUUGAGAGGGAUGUUGAUCAUUUUGGCAGCUGUAAUUUGUAAUGCUGUUGUAUUGCAUUAUACUUAUGCAAUCAUGUAAUACAAGUGUUUUGUUAACCAAUUAUUAGAAACUGUUACCCAGUUUGACAGGAGCCAAUCGCAUAUUUUGUCCCAUCGUAGCAGAAAAUAUUAUGGGGAAUAAAUAGAAUAGCUGUGUUAACUUA